AUGUCAAGCGGGAAUUACGCCAAGUAUUGGAGGGAUUUCGAGUCUGUCGUCCUUAACAGCUCAGGGCCUGCCGCCAGCCAUGAAGACAUUGCGAAAGCAGCUGACAUGGAGGCCAACAUACUGACGUGGCUGGCCAGUGCCUACAACACACACCCAAAGUCUUCUGCGGUGUUUUUCCUUGGACAAAUCGAACGACACACGAAGCCAUUGUCAUCUGAGGACUGGAUUAAAGAACUGAAUGCCAAGAUGGAGCUCGACUCAGCACUGAAUAGCAGUGAUAUAGUGAUUACAGAUGAUGUCCGUUACCUGGAAACGAUUGGUAGCAUCUUCGCGAACUACAGCAACGAAGACCUCCUGCGUCAUUUGUCUUGGCAUGUUAUUCAGCAGUAUGCGACUGUUGCCAGCUAUAGGCUGCUACGUGCUCAGAUCGGAGGUGGCGAAAGGUUCACGUUCUACCACCCGGUCUUCUGUGCCACUAAUGUCGAGGUGUCCUACAAGGCACUUGUCCUGUCCUUGUACGUCGUGUCACGGUUACAGCCCAAUGACGUUGACUCUAUCACGGACGUUUUUGACAACCUCAAGGAUAAUUUUUUCGAAAAAGUCAAUGCCUCCAGCUGGCUCGAUGUCGGAAGCAAACGAAUGUUCGGCCAGAAGGUGUCAGGGCUGGCGAACCGUUUGUGGCCGCCGCCAGAAUUUAUGCGCAACAACGCACUCGAGGCCGUUUACUUUGAUUUCCCUGAUAACGAGAAGUCUUAUGGAGACUACUGGGUGAAAUCGCGGCUGUUGCUGCCGAAGCUGAACGACAGGGUGCCUGGCUACGAGUACGUACUCGAAAUUCCUGGAAACAACUCGCCCAAGUACCUGCUCUUUAUUUAUAUGAUGAACAGCGUAGACGUAGCAAUCGGAGCAGUUUCGAGACCACUGUUCUAUCCACACGGCACGCGGGCGAUGUUGUACGGUGGGCUCGGGUUUUCCAUAGCCUUGCAGAUGGUGAAGGCGAUGGACAGCGAAGGCCUCAAGUGGCAUCCUCACCAUGGCCUGGCGUAUUCCAUCAAGUCGCGGUCUACGAUGAGCGCCUACCAAGCAAGAGAUGGCUGCCUCAAGGAAGAGGGACUGCCGAGCGUGUUUCCCGAGAUUCCGGCUAUGGAGAUCGCCUACGCUGCUUACGCGAAAUCCAACGAGACGCGUCCGCCGAUUGAUCACGCACUGCCCGAAGACAAGGUCUUUUUCCUGACCCUUUGCUACAUGACCUGCUCACAGCGUGGAGAGAGAAAUCCUUCCGCAGCCGACUGCAACAAAGCUGUGCGUGGCUCUGCCGCCUUCGCCGAAGCGUUCUCUUGCUCCAAGGGGUCCGCCAUGUACCCGGAGAAAACGUGCAGUUUCUUCUGA